GCCUCCUUAAAACCGUGUUUUAUCGAUUGAAAACAAGAUCGUCCAUACAUUAUAUGCGUUCAAACAAUGUUGAUUUUGUGGCAUCAAUAAUAUUCAAUUCUGGAUUGGUUCCAUGUGACUCGGAUAGAGUGAAACGCAACAUUGUUCGGUGGACAGGUCAAGGUGGGAAGAUCGAUGCACUUUGUCGAAGUAUUGGGGGCUCUUCCACAGAUGAGGACUCAUAUCUCGGGCAAUCUCUUUUGUUUGCCAGAAGACUGCCAUGAUGAGUUCAUAAGACGUUUGGGAUACAAGGGAUCAUACAGGGACCAACAAAUUCAAAAUAUUAAAGAUCGUGGUAUAUUGGAUGUUCAGGGCAGAGCUGUUUUGGACAGACUUGCUGCCGAUGUGUUUAAUUUCUUAGGGAAGAGAGUUAAGGCAUCAAUUGAUGAUUUCAUCACUCAAUGUCCAGAAUCUGUUUUAGGGCAAAAUCUGCAACAAACACGUUGCUUCCAAAUAGAACAGCAAAUCCCGAAAGCAGUGCUACAGCCAGGCAUCUCAACGCCAAAUGACCGAUCCUCACACACUUCCGAUGCAGCUCAGGAAAUUCGUUCAGACGAUGAAACUCUUCUCCACACAACCCAUGAUUCUACAGCGACUACUUAUAUGUCACCAGCGAUUGCAGCGAGGUUACGGGAGCCUCCAAGCCAAUCGUUCGACAACGCUACAAACCAGAUAACCGGUGCUAAACCUCGUGAUGAGUCAGGCUCAUCUGACAUGAGAGAUAUCCUUAAUGUGUAUGAUACACUACAGCCUAUCUUGUCAAUGCAAGGGUGUGGCUCUAUAUCCAUGGACAAGCCCCGAUCGACGCAGCCAAUAUGGUCAACGUCCAUGACAUACUUCAGCCAAUAUUACCAGCUUACAACUUUCCUUCAUUUGACGGGCAGACCCAUGGUGAGAUGGUGAACGUAUAUGAUACGCUACAACCCAUCUUGUCAAUGCAAGGGUGUGGCUCUGUCAAUGGACAAGCCCCGAUCGACACAGCCAAUAUGGUCAAUGUCCAUGACAUGGUUCAGCCAAUACCACCGGCGCAAGCUAUGACCUCACCCAAUGGGCAUUCCCAAAGCAACGCAGUGGAAAUGGCUGAACUACACGAUAUGUUUCAAUCAAUACCACCAGAGCAAGCUGCGAGGCCAGUGGCUAACCAGCUACCGAUACAAGAUCACUACUGCCAGGCCAUGCGUGCUCAGAGUCCUACGGUCAAUUUACCCUACCCAUCUCUGCAUUGUGAGUAUUAAAUAUCCAUAAUGCCCUCUGGCUUCUAGGCGAUUUUGUCCUUUUACUGGUUCGC